ACUAUAGUACACGCUUACCCACCUGCUCCGCUUUUAGUUCACUUGCCACUUGGUCGUUCCAUUCUUGGUGAAACCUUUCCUAAACGAUGGCAGCGAGACGCUUAAUAUCUCAGGACAACCAACUUGGAAUUAUGGUAAAGAAGCGGUUUCAGAGCAAAACGAAUUUUUCUGUGUCAAUAGCCAGCUUCGUGACCACCCCGAAGAAUAUGGUGAACCCUCUUCAAGGAUUUGUAUACCAAGUAACUACAUCCGACGGAGAAAGAAUGGAGUGCUUUGUUGACCACGACAGUGCACAAACGCUAACCUCUUUUUGUAAAGUCCUUCGAAGGUUUCAUCCAGAAAUACCUAUUCUGAAUGACAAACUACAGGAGUCUCUGUGGGUUGAAUAUAUCUUCGACAAAACGCGUGCUUUCUGCCAGGACCCAGAUAGACGGCGACAAACCGUUGUCACUUGCCUGGGUCGGCAACCGAAUUCAGCUGUUUGGGUUUUUGGCCCUAAUGUCCAACUUAAUGAGAGGGGGAGGCUUAUUGCUGAGGACCAAAGGAAAUAUUAUUGGGUUCCCAACUAUACUCCACUCACCGAUUUAAGUAGAACACUGAGUCCAGCAGAAAUACACCUACCACUCAGCCGUCAGGCUUUGAUAACAUUACUCGAGACGGGUAGACAGUGUCUUGGAAGCAAUUUCAUGAGCUGCUAUGCAGCUAUAGCCGGCAGUGUGGUUUUAUUUCACUACGAGACUAUUAUGGAAGCCCAAGCAGAAUGCCCUGUUAUCCUGGGCCAAACUGCCCAUACAAAUGGUUCCACUAUCCAUGCGUGGGAAUAAAGAGGAAGCCGAAGGGAGAGUGGCUUUGCCCUUCUUGUGCUACUCAAUGAAGACAAUAUAGCUUUUUAAAUUAUUACAAUAAAAAACUAAAAGAUUAAUUUUAAUUUCUGACAGUCACACCACUAUAGAGCUCUAAUGAAUGGGGGUGGGCGGCAGUGACGUCUGCCCCUGUAGGCCCUUUGGGUAAGAGUCAUGUACACA